GAGAGACAGUUGGCGCUUGCAUGUCCAUACUCUAUUGGUGGUGGCAAAAUGGCAGCUUCUGUCUCAGCCGUCCUCCUUCCUCUACCUCCCUCACCCUCUCCUGAGAGAAGUAACCCAGUUUUCAAAAUGAAUCGCUGCCUGUUCCCCUCAAUCUUUCUCCUCUCUCUCUAUCUCUCUCUCUCUCUCUUUCUCUCUCUCCUUCUCUCGUCCUCUUCUUAGUAAAAACAGAAUCAAUCUUGGAAAGAGAAUACCACCUCUCUAUCUCGUCCUCCUCCUCACCCUGCCUCUGGGUUAACGGAUAUAUACCACUUCACUCUUCUAUCUUUGGUUCCUUGAAAGCUCUCUUGAAAAGCUUGUUGCUUUUUGUUUUAAUUGUUUUUCAUUUUUCUCUUUUUUUUUUUUUUAAUUUGGCUGAUUCUUUUCUUCUUGCCACAGCACUACUUGUCUUGGUCUUCUCGUCUUUCUUUCUUUUUCUUUUUUUUCGAGGUGACCAGCUACAGGUGUGACACAUUAGCCUUUCUUUUGAAGUGAGCCAAACAAGGAGAAGAAAGGCGAAGUGGAAGAGAAGAAAGCUGCCCUUUAGUCGAGCCUUUCUUCCAAAAACACCACAAAUUCAGGCAUCAUGUCGACCCCAGUGUCCCCUUCCCCCUCCCUCUCACCCUUGACACUGGCCUCCCCUGCAUCAGCAACCUCCCCCGGAGCCUCCCCUCUCCCCUCGCCCCUCUCCCCUCCAGCCCGGGUGCCGGUCUUCCAGAGGAAGGGAGCGCUCAAACACAAGAGGAUUGUCGAGGUGAAAGACCAUCAGUUCACGGCCCGCUUCUUCAAGCAACCCACCUUCUGCAGCCACUGCACCGACUUCAUCUGGGGCAUUGGCAAACAGGGAUUCCAAUGUCAAGUUUGCAGCUUUGUGGUCCACAAAAGAUGUCAUGAGUUUGUGACCUUCACUUGUCCCGGCUCGGUGGCGGCACCCAGACCAGAUGACCUGAAGAGUCAGCACACAUUUAAGGUCCACACUUACUCCAGUCCCACCUUCUGUGACCACUGUGGCUCGCUGCUGUACGGCCUCAUACACCAGGGCAUGAAAUGUGGCAGUUGCGACAUGAACGUCCAUCGACGUUGUGAGACCAGUGUUCCCAGUCUCUGUGGCCAAGACCACACGGAGAAGAGAGGGAGGAUCCACCUGACUGUCAGAGGAGAGAAGGAGGACGUCUUUGUCACAGUGCGGGAGGCUCGUAACCUGAUGCCCAUGGAUCCAAACGGCCUGUCAGACCCGUAUGUUAAACUGAAAUUGAUUCCGGACCCAAAGAGCCACAGCAAACAGAAGACCAAGACCAUCCGCUCAACACUCAAUCCCGUCUGGAAUGAGAGUUUCACCUUCUCAGUGCGCGGUCACCAGUGGGACAGGCGUCUGUCUGUGGAGGUGUGGGACUGGGACCGCACGUCCAGGAAUGAUUUCAUGGGAGCGCUGUCAUUCGGCGUGAGUGAGAUCUUCAGGCGUCCGAUCAGCGGCUGGUUCAAACUGCUGGCUCAAGAUGAAGGGGAAUACUAUAAUAUCCCCGUGCCGGACCCGGACCUGCAGGAGCCCCAGCCAGACGGCACGACACCCUCUCUGCCUCAAGCGCUACCUGCAGGGCUGUCUGAGCCGUUCCCUGUGGCCCUGUCCCCGACCCCUGUGCUGUCCUGCCCACCUGUCCACACCCCUGGUCCUGCCAAAGUCAAAGUGGGCAUCCAGGACUUCAACUUCCUCAUGGUGCUGGGCAAAGGCAGCUUUGGAAAGGUGCUGCUGGCAGAGGAGAGAGGCAGCGAGCGUCUGUUUGCAGUGAAAGUGUUGAAGAAAGACGUUCUCUUCCAGGACGAAGACACGGAGAGCGCCCUGGUGGAGAGGAGGGUUCUGGCGCUCUCCUCUCGCCCUCACUUCCUCACAUCGCUCUACUGCGCUUUCCAGACUGAGGACCGUCUGUAUUAUGUGAUGGAGUACGUCAACGGAGGAGACCUGAUGUUUCACAUCCAGAUAGUCGGCAAGUUCAAAGAGGCUCACGCAGCGUUUUAUGCGGCGGAGAUAGCGGUCGGCCUCUUCUUCCUCCACAGCAAAGGCAUCAUCUACAGGGAUCUGAAGCUGGAUAACGUGCUGCUCGACAGCGAGGGACACAUAAAGAUAGCCGACUUUGGUAUGUGCAGGGAGGGCAUGUUGGAAGGCGACACCACACGCACCUUCUGCGGCACCCCUGACUACAUCGCCCCCGAGAUUGUGGCCUAUCAGCCCUAUGAUAAAGCAGUGGACUGGUGGUCCUAUGGCGUGCUGCUGUAUGAAAUGUUGGCAGGACAGCCACCAUUUGAUGGUAUUGACGAGGAGGAGCUGUUUCAGUCCAUCAUGGAGCAGAGUGUUGUGUACCCGAAAAGUCUCUCUCGUGAAGCUGUCGCUAUCUGCAAGGGACUCCUCACGAAGCACCCGGCCAAGCGUCUGGGUGGAGGAGAGGAAGCGGAGAGAGAAAUCAGAGAGCAUCCAUUCUUCCGCUGGAUCGACUGGGACCGUCUGGAGAGACUGGAGAUCCAGGCGCCCUUCAAACCCAGAACUGGUGGGAGAAAAGGCGAAAAUUUCGACAAGUUCUUCACAGCAGCUCCGUCAGCUCUCACCCCCUCCGACCCGGAUAUACUCGCAGCCAUCAACCAGGAAGACUUCGAAGGCUUCACUUUCCAAAACCCAGACUUUGCCCCCUCGCCUCUGACCGCUGUUUGACUCCCACACAACAACCCCUCCAAAAACAACCUUGUUAAUCCCCCUAAUAGUAGUUUUAUAACAAAGAAUUUGAAACUAGAAGCGACUAUUAAUGACACCUCUCAUAACCAAAUUCUGACGUUUACAUGAAAAUGCCAAGACACCUUUAUAUUCAUCUUUGAUGUAUUAUUCCUUGAUAGUCACAGAAUGUGUUGCAGCGAUGCAAACAAAGCCAGUAUUGUUCUGUAGAUUUCCAUCAUAGAGUUUUUUAUGUAAGACCGUAACUUGAUGUAAGAGUACUGUAGUCUGAACCCAAGAAUCUCUUUUGCAUGCAGUGUUUUUAGAAUCUUUGACACACUAGUUUUCUAGAGUUAGAGAUUAUCCAAGAAACUAUACCUGUGUAAUUUUGCAAUUCAGUUUCAAACUUUUUUUCCAUUACUCUGAUUAGAAUCAUCUUGUGUGGUGAAAAGCCGCAUUUUACGAAACAAUUACAGGUUUUUCUCAUACAGCUAUACAGGCCACAUAGGAGGCAAAACAAGACGCUUUUUAAAUCAUGCAGAUCACAUGAUUUAAAAUGUGUCUUAGCAGGUAUAUUCCAGCCGAAUAUUACGUUUAUGCACAGUAAAUCAGCAUCAGAAGCACGAUAAUUCUAAAUAUCUCUCUCACUCUGUUUGUGUGUGAGCGUUGACACUUUGACUCUGAUGCAAACUGAGCGGGUAUUUAUUAGACUGGCAGGCUGUGGAAAAGCUCAGGUUCCUCUGGCCUGGCCCGAACUCUCAGUUAAACGUCACACCGGUGACCUCACAUGGCCCGCUGUGAUGAUGAAACAACGCAGCGGGCUCAAUGUGACAGUUAAUGUGCAUUGCAGCCCCCCAGCUCAUGCACACUCCGUCUGGGAGGAAGUCCUCACAUUUCUGCCGCAGUUUGAGCUGCAUAAUUUUAUAUUUACGUGAUUUUUUUUCUCUUAUUAAUCUUUAAGCUGUGGGCUUAUCCGCACUGCAAUAUAUAGUAUCCCUGCUCCUUAAUAACAUCCUACAACUGCACUGAAAUCUCUUUAUGCAGUCUAAGAGAAUAUGCCUCCUAAUGAAGACGCUUGCACAGGUACAAGCGCUUUAUUAUUUGUGUGGUGCAUACCUCAAAGCUUUUUGCUGUGUAAUGACGUCCUCACAGCAUUGAUUAGGCGUAAUUAAAAGUGAGGCUCACUGGGACUGUUCAAUACAUGGAAACAAUAAUAGCAGCGCUGUCAUUUAACACUAUCUGAGCGGGGCAGGUGGCUGCAAACAUACAGUUCAAUUAUCUCAUUUCAGUGCUCUUAUCUAAA